CACGCAACAUACAUUUGAAUCUUCACAGGGCCAGGCUGGGGGCGUUAUUGCGUCGGCCCGAUUCAAUUCCUGGUGUGCUAUGGUGCAGUCGUUGGCUGUACACUAUUGGGAGGCCAAACAAUGAAGUCCAUAUACUUGAUCUCGAGACCAAAUGGGAUGGCGAAGCUUUAUGAAUUUGUAGUCGUCUUUGGGGCCUUCAUGCUGACUCUAGCACAAAUCCCAUCAUUUCACUCAUUAAGGCACAUUAAUCUCGUAUCCCUCAUGCUUUGCCUUGCCUACAGUGCUGCUACCACCGCAGGUUCCAUCUAUGCAGGACACUCAGCCCAUGCACCAUCAAAGGACUACUCAGUUUCAGGCGAUAGGCAAGACCGUGUCCUUGGUGCAUUCAGUGCUAUUGCCAUCAUUGCAACCACCUAUGGGAACGGAAUCAUCCCAGAAAUACAGGCAACAGCUGCUGCUCCUGUGAAAGGAAAGAUGUUCAAGGGCCUCUGUCUUUGCUACACAGUCGUUGUAACUACAUUCUUCAGCGUCGCAGUGUCAGGGUACUGGGCCUUUGGGAAUCAAGCAGACAGCAUUAUUCUAAGUAACUUCAUCGUUGGUGACACCACUCUAGUCCCCAAGUGGUUCCUUGUGAUGACGAAUGUCUUCGCCCUCCUCCAACUCGCUGCUGUAGGAGUGGUCUAUUUGCAACCAACAAAUGAGGUGCUGGAAGGGCUGUCUUCAGACCCAAAGAUGGACCAGUACUCUGCUCGAAAUGUAGUGCCAAGGCUCAUCUUUCGGUCACUGUCCAUCGUCAUAGCAACAACCAUUGCUGCCAUGCUUCCCUUCUUUGGAGACCUCAAUGCACUUAUUGGGGCCUUCGGAUUUUUGCCUCUAGAUUUUGUGAUGCCAGCAGUUCUAUACAAUGUCACUUUCAAGCCAUCUAAAAGAGACCUGGUGUUUUGGUUAAAUGCUACCAUAUCCACGGUCUUCUCAGGACUCGCAGUGUUGGGGUCUAUCUCUGCUGUUCGGCAGAUUGCUUUGGAUGCGAAGAACUACAAAUUGUUUGCCAAUGUGUCAUGAGUAGGAAAAGUGAACAUUCGUGCACAUUACUCAGCCUCAAUCUCGAUUGCCCCAUUGCAAGCAACAUGUGCCCUAUAAAAGAGUUAACAAGGCAAGGACAAUCUAUUUCAGACUGCCAAUUUUCAACACUAUCCUACUAGCUGAUGAUUCUUGUAUUCUGAGAAAUGGUGUAAAAAAUUUGUACGUUUCUCCCAGCUGUGACACUUAGAUUAAAAUAUAUAUAUAUAGUUAAUUUAA